AUGAACCCAGCCCAGCCUGGCGCGGGCCAACCUGGCCAAGGUGCUCCCGCGGGACAGGGUGCGGCCGCGGGACAGGCUAGACCUGUCCAGCUCCUUCGCCCCGAAAUAAUUGAUAAGAUCCCAUACCUCACUCCCGAUGAGAAGGUCAAGUUCUCGGCCGGUUUGAAGCAACUCUGGACCGCUCUGGAGUCGUUGCCCAAAGAUUCUGCCGAAGCGGCCGCCACACGUACCCGAAUCGCCGAUUUCUCAAGAACCCUUAUCCAGAAAACGCAAGCGAAGAAUAGGCAAGCGCAAGCACAGGCCCACGCACAGGCUCAAGCGCAAGCUCAGGCACAGGCUCAGGCACAGGCUCAGGCUCAAGCUCAGGCUCAAGCUCAGGCUAUGAUGGCGCAGAAAGCUCAAGGACAACCACAUAACGUAGCCGUUCCCCAGAUGGGCAUUGCCACCGCAGCGCCGACUGCCGCCACUACGCAGGCCGGAGAACAACCCAUCCUUCCUGCGGCACCGACUCAGACUGCCCCUGCUAGAGCCGCUCCGGUACCCCAACCAACAGCUAAGCCUCCUGUCAAGGUCCCCGAGCAUAUUCUCAAGCAUGUAAACCAAAUGACAUUCCAUGUGCCACCUCACAUGGCGGCUACGGGAGCAGAUGUUGCUAAAGUCAUGAACAAUUUGCGGACGCAGUAUGCAAAGGCACUUAUGGCCAUGGAAACCGCACGCACUAGGAAUCAACAAAUUGAUAAUCUGAUCAAGGAGAGGAAUGAGAAAGGAAAUCCCCUUUCAGCUGAGGAGGCGAAGAGCUACCAGCUCGUUAAGGACCAGCAGCAGAGAGCCUACGAUGAUGGUAGGAAGUUCGUCGAAGGGCUUAGAAGGCAGCAAGAAGCUUUGAACAAGGCAAACUUGGAGAAGAAGGCCCAAGCUGCCGCUGCUUCUGGGCAGGCCCCCACCCCAACUCAACCUCCAGUUCAGCCUCAAGCUCCACCUCAGAUUCAAGCACAACCACAACACCUGGGUCAACCUCAAGUCCAACCAGCUACACAAACACCAGUUCCAACUCCAGCUGUUGUGCAAAAAAUUGCACCCAGCCCACACCUACAGACUCCACAAGCCAUUCCUACCCCCGUGACUGCUGCUGCUGUUGAGGCUGCAAAGGCCCAGGCUGCUCAACUCGGGACUCCCACUCAACAGCAGGUGCGACCCAGUGCUCCAGCCAAACCAACCCUGGCAGCCCAGCAACAAGCUGUAGCGGCUGUCAAGACAGAGCAGGUACACCCCUCACCAGUCAACACUCAAGUCGCAGCAGCAACCGGCCAACACCCCUCCGCCUCGACCCCGACCGCGAGAGUCCAAACUCCCCAGGCAGGAACGCCCGUCUCGGCCAGCGCGCGCCCCCUAAGCAUGUCAGCCGCCGUCAACCUCGCCAACCAGCGCGUGGCGCAGCCCGGAACGACGCCCACCGUCGGACAACCAACCGCGAACGGAACACCGGUCACCUCUGCCGCCGGCAUCUCCCCAGCUUCUGCCGUCCACACGCACGCUCACCCCGUCUCCGUACAGACAACAGCUGCUGCGUCGUCAUUCCCCGCCAAGAUGCCCAUUCCGAAACAACUCCCCGAUAAGCUCACUCAGCCCGUCCAGCCCGUCACCGUUUCGGGUGGCGCUGGUCACGGCCGCCCCACAUAUACCGGCGGCACGGGAACAGCCGGCGGGGCUAUCAGCCAGCCGGCUCUUCCCAAGGUGCCCGCUUAUGUCUUCGAGUCCGAGGGAGAGCAUGUUCUUAGCAAGAAGAAGCUGAAUGAACUCGUUCGACAGGUUUGUGGCGGUUCUGCCGAGGGUCAGGAGGAGAAUCUCCUUGCGCCCGAGGUCGAAGAGAGCAUGCUCCAACUUGCUGAUAACUUCAUGGACAACGUCAUCGCCACGGCCUGCCGAAACGCCAAGGAGCGCGGCUCCAAGGUCCUCGAGAUUCGCGACCUACAACUCGUCCUGGAGCGCGUGUACAACAUCCGAGUCCCCGGCUACUCGAGCGAUGAGCUCAGGACCGUCCGCAAGGUCCAGCCCGCGGCGGCUUGGAUUUCCAAGAUGAGUGCUGUCCAGGCCGCCAAGGUUAUGCCCAGCAAGGAGGACUAG